AGCAAGAAACAUGGCAUCACCAUCACCAACCCUCACCAAAAUAAUCUCUCACCCAUUUUUCUUCUUUCUCUUCUUCUUUUCAUGUUCUACUAUUCUAUCCUAUGCAAUAAGAACUUCUUCAUCACCAUCAUCAUCCAUCAAUAGUAAUGAUCUUCAUCAUCUCUCUCGAGCAGAGAGGCUCAUAAGAAGCCUUAAUCUGUUUCCAACAAAGCCAGUUAACAUCAUAGGAGGAGGAGGAAGUGGUGACGACGAUGUGUUCGUGCCUGGAAAGAUUGUUGAGAAGAACUUCUCAUUUCUUUCUCUUUCUAAUUCUGAUCAUCCUUCUAUUCAUGAUCUUGGUCACCAUGCUGGAUAUUAUUCUCUUGUUCACACCAAAGCUGCAAGGAUGUUCUAUUUUUUCUUUGAAUCUCGGAACAAUAAGGAUGACCCAGUUGUGAUAUGGUUGACUGGAGGACCAGGGUGUAGCAGUGAACUUGCAUUGUUCUAUGAAAAUGGUCCGUUCACAAUUACUCGUAACUACCUCUCACUUCUAUGGAAUGAUUAUGGUUGGGACAAGUUUGUACGAUUUCUUGCAGGCAUUUUUCAAAGAGCACUCGGAGUUUGUGAAUAAUGAUUUCUAUAUCACUGGAGAAUCAUAUGCUGGACAUUACAUUCCAGCUUUUGCAUCUCGAGUUCAUCAAGGAAACAAAAAUCAGGAAGGAAUUCAUAUAAAUUUAAAGGGUAUUGCUAUUGGUAAUGGAUUAACUAAUCCUGGAAUCCAAUACAGAGCAUACACUGAUUAUGCAUUACACAAUAAAUUAAUUACAAAAGAUGAUCAUCAAACUAUCAAUAAGUUGGUCCCACCGUGUGAACAAGCCAUUCAAACUUGCGCCAAGGAAGGUGAAAAAGCCUGUGUAACAGCCAAGGGUAAAUGUGAAAGUAUAUUUGAUAGCAUCUUAUCAAUUACCGGAAAUAUUAACUACUAUGACAUCCGAAAAAAAUGCUACGGGGAAAUGUGCUAUGAUUUUUCGGACAUGGAGAGAUUUUUGAGAGAAGGAAAAGUGAGGGAAGCUUUAGGUGUUGGGAAGUUGGAGUUUGUUUCAUGUAGUAGGAGAGUGUAUGAUGCUAUGAAUGGGGAUUGGAUGAAGAAUUUGGAAGUUGAUAUUCCAAAUCUUCUUGAAGAUGGUAUUAGAUUGCUUGUGUAUGCUGGUGAAAAAGAUCUCAUUUGCAAUUGGCUUGGGAAUUCAAGGUGGGUUCAUGCCAUGAAAUGGUCAGGUCAAGAACAAUUUAGAGCAUCUCCUACAAUCCAAUUUGUGGUCAACGGUUCACAUGCCGGUUCACUAAAAAGCUAUGGCCCACUUGCUUUCCUUAAGGUAAAUGAAGCAGGGCACAUGGUGCCAAUGGAUCAACCAGAAGCUGCACUUGAAAUGAUCACAAGAUGGAUGAAAGGGAUAUUAACUGUCACAACCCAAACUCACUAUGCCUCACAUAAUUAAAAAUAUAUUUUAUUUUUAUAUAAAUAAUAAUAAUAAUAUCAAUUUAUAAUAGGAAUAUAUAGGAUUACGAAAUUUAAGCUUGGAGUAGUAGAUAGUUACUUGGUUCCAGCCUUUUUAUUAUUUUUGACUAUGAGUGCUAGGAGGCCAGUAAUUUUUGUGUUUUGUAACCAUCAAUUAGUCAUUAAUAAUCUUUUUAAUGGUGUGAGAUUAUAUCUAAUGGUGAGAGAUUACUCACUUUUUUUUUAUGGUUAAGUGCUGACCACAAAACACAAAAGUUACUAUCCCCUAGACUUUUCCAUUUUUCACGUAGCAUUUGAGCAUUAUUUAAAUCAAGAAUGUGAACACAUAAUUGAAGUGUCCUGUCGCUUAUUUAUAUACGCAAUGCUUCUAUUUUCUAAA